UCAGUCUUAAUUUCUACCGUAUUCUCGAACGCGUUCUUGGUCUUUAGCUGCGACGGAAGUAGUUGGCGCUCCUCCUUUAUAUUCGGCAGCCGAAAUUGGUUGUCAGUCCGGGCGGUAGUCUUUUGGGGCAGUUCCACUGUUCCAAAUCCGUUCAGUUCGGAGGAGGCAGUUCUCUAGCGAUUAGUCAGGGAACCGAAGUGGACACAUCGUGCUCCAUUCGGUUCCUCGUUUUACGUUUUCCUGGGAGACGGUCUUACUCUGAUUAGCUGUAUCCAAAAUUAAAACUCAUCAGGUGCUUGAGGUUUUGGAUACCUUGUCUGGUCGCUGGACACCCCAGGAGAGACCGGUGCCUCGGGCUGUUACAGCAACUGAAGGAGCGGAGUGUGGCCCAGCAGUGGAUUCCUAGCACCCGCAAGGGAAGGGGGGGCAGUCGUUGGCAGACCGCGAGCAGACCAGGGCAGAUCCGAUGAGCAGCCACCACGUCACUACGCGGGCGCGGGGGGGCACGGGCCCCCGGGACGGCCGGGAGUGGGCCCCCGACUCGGCGUGCCGGCCGGCCCCGCUGGGCUCCGGGGUCUGCGUCCUGAGCAGGCUGAUCCAGCUGCCGGCCCCGCCCCUGUCCCGCCACCAGCUGAAGCGGCUGGAGGAGCACCGCUACAGCAGCUCGGGCCGCUCGCUGCUGGAGCCCGUCAUGCAGUGCUACUGGGAGUGGCUGGUGGGCCGCGUGCCCACCUGGAUCGCCCCCAACCUCAUCACCAUCGUGGGCCUCGUCACCAACAUCUUCACCACCCUGGUGCUCGUCUACUACUGCCCCACUGCCACCGAGCAGGCACCUUUGUGGGCGUACCUGUCAUGCGCUGUGGGCCUCUUCAUCUACCAAUCCCUGGACGCCAUAGACGGGAAGCAGGCGAGGCGAACCAAUAGCAGCUCCCCACUGGGCGAGCUGUUUGACCACGGUUGUGACUCCCUCUCCACAGUAUUUGUGGUCCUGGGUACCUGCAUUGCCAUACAGCUGGGCACCAACCCUGACUGGAUGUUCUUCUGCUGUUUCGCGGGCAUGUUCAUGUUUUACUGUGCCCACUGGCAGACCUACGUCUCGGGCACCCUGCGCUUCGGCAUAUUUGAUAUCACAGAGUUACAGAUCUGUCUAGCGUUGUUACAGAUGUUCACAGCAGCCCUGGGGCCCGGGUUUUGGAAUCUGAGGAUCCCACUAAUAAACAUCCAGAUGAAAAUAGUGCCCGCCCUCUGCACCGCACUAGGGGCCGUCUUCUCCUGCACAAACUACUUCCGGGUCAUAUUCACCGGGGGCGUGGGCAAGAACGGAUCCACAAUAGCAGGAACAAGUGUGCUGUCCCCUGUACUGCACAUAGGGUCAGUAAUAAUACUGGCUGUCAUGAUCUACAAGAAAUCCACAGUUCAGCUGUUCGAGAAACACCCCUGCCUUUACAUCCUGGCGUUUGGUUUUGUGUCGGCAAAAAUCACCAACAAGCUGGUGGUUGCACAUAUGACAAAAAGUGAAAUGUACCUUCAUGACUUGGCUUUUCUGGGGCCGGGGCUGAUAUUCCUGGACCAGUAUUUCAACAGCUUUAUUGAUGAAUACCUGGUCCUCUGGAUCGCUCUGCUCCUUUCCCUCUUCGAUCUGGUGCGGUACUGCGUCAGCGUCUGCAAUCAGAUCGCCUCCCACCUGCACAUCUACGUCUUCAAAAUCAAGCCCCUGGCCACGCUGUCCAGUUCGCCGGGACACAACCACCAUUAGCGACUUUCCUGUCAUCGCCGUCGUCAUCACGUUCGGUGCGUAAAAAGAGACUUCAGGGAGCGAAGGCUGACCAGUGAGGAAAACUGAGCAGGAUGGGGUUUGGACGAGAGGCGGAAUGAAAUCGAAUAAAUUAUUAAUUUGUCACAGUCACGUGCAAUUUUCUCCUUAUCUGCUGGUCUCGUCACAGCCUUCUUGACAAGCGUAAAAACGAGGAAAGUUUUUUUUUUUUUUUUUUUUUUUUUUUUUUAACUUCUGUUUUGCUUUUGUUUUGAGUGGGGGGGGGGUAAAUCGGAUUAUAUAACUAAUUUACCCACUUAUUCUUAUAAAUUAAUUGGUAAACUGACAGCUUAAUGUAUUUUCAGAAGAAUUGGUCUGUUGGUUUUAAGGUACUUAGGGAAGGCUUCAAAGUAUAAUGGUAUACGUUAUUCUUCCUUUGAGAAAAUGUCUUAACAUGAAUAUUUUUCAAUAUUACUAUGUCAUGUAUUCAUAGUAGCAUCAAUUAAAAACCGUUCUGGCUGGCUCACAUGCAUUGUUUCAAAAAAGAUUCCCAGCCAUAGAUACAUACCGAAGACUAAUUUCUUAACAUCUUGCUGCUUAAUUUAGCUUAUUUCAGAAAGAAAACUUGCCAUAUGGAGAGGCAAGUUAUUUUUUCUUCUUUUUUUUUUUGCUUUUGCUUUGUCUUCUGUGCCAUUCUCAGAUUAUGUUACAGUUUAGUUUAAUAUAUCUUGUAGUCUAACCUCUUGCCAGAAAUGCUGAACCUACUUAAAUAUAAAUACAAGGAACCAUGCAGUCACAUGGAGGAAGAAGUGUAUCGUAAACAACAAAAAUAAAAACUGGAGGCAUUUUAUUUUUAUAGUUAGUUUACCAACCACCUGAUUAACACAUCAACCUUUCCCACCAUUGGAAUUCGCUAAACUGAAUCCAAUUAAUUUUUCAUUUAAGAAAAUAAAUAAAUAAAUAAAUAAAAUAAAACUUUUUUUGCCUACUAGCCCUCAGCAAAAGUUCACUCAAAUUUUGUAUAGGUGACGGAAUACUGACCUUUUCCAGUGCAAUCAAUGAAGAUGCCAAUCUAGCCAUAACUGAACAAUACAUGGUUGCAGAGAACUUUUCUGUAUUCUGACACAUUAACUUAGCCGACUUGUGCAAAUACGACUAUGAAAACUGUUUAAACAAGAAAACAGAAACUGACAAACUUACUUUCUGUUUACUGAUGUUUGAAAUAAAAUUAACUUUCAAAUAGUAUUUAAUUAAAAACAUUUUUUUACCUUAGCUGAUCUUCUAAAUAUGUGUGUAACUGUUCUUUAUGUAUAUAAUAUUUUCCCUUUUGUGAUGGGACAGACUAAGAUUCGACUUGAAAAUAAUUUGGCAGCUACCUGCUUUGUGCAAGACAUUGGUGAAUAUAGUUACUGAUAUAAAUAUUGUCACAUCAGUGUUACUCCCUGACCUUAAUUCAUGCAUUGCCUUAAAUUUAUACAGUUGCUGAAACCCCUUGCUUUUUUUACUGAGUACUUCAAGUAUUAUUAGCAAGGCAUGCCAUCUUUUGAGUGUAUACUGGGAAAGGUCAGUAUCGACUAUAUUGCCGGUCUUUUAAGCUAUGGUUUAUAGCCAUCGUGUUUACUGGGGGGUGAAACAGUAGGUCAGUAGAUAAUCUCUCCUUCACCUGACAAUAUAUUGUAUCAAAUCCAAAGUAUGAGGACUGUUUCCAAAAAUCCAGUUUGGAUUUCUUGGUUGGUGGUCAUUGCACUUUCUCAUUGUAAAUUCAGGCAGUCACGUUUUAGAAGUUUGUCAGUGUUUUGAACUUUUUUUUAUUUUUUAUUUUUGGGUCAAAUGCCUUCAUCUUGAUCAGGAAUAUUUUCUGCAGUCAGAUUUACAGUUGAUGAGUCGUUGUAUUACUUUGAAGAGAUGUGAUUGUUUCUGUCCUAAUUCAUGCCAUGCAAUAGCUAAGUGUGAAUUUUUAAAACUUUGAAAAGGAGUUAUGAAUGUUUGAUUUUCUUUCUGUGUAUGAUGUGUGUCACUAUGGUACAGCUCUAUUGUGUGAGCUGAUAUACAGGUACCUGAAUAUGGCGUUUCUUGUCAUUGUAUCAUUUUCUGGCCAAACAUAAGCCACAGAGUAUAUGACAAAAAUAAAAUAUAACUAAAUGGUAUUUAACAAA